GCAGGUAACAGCAGUUGGGCGGAGCUCCUGUUAAAUCUCCACAAGGAUCACUUCCACACGAGAAGGAAGAAAAACACAGCAUCUCCUGUCCUGUCAUCUGUCACCGCCGUUUGAAGAGCCAGAUUUCAGAUCUAUUUUUUCCUUCCGCCGAUCUGUGCACACACCGCAACAUGUCCUUCUGUCAGUUCUUUGGCGGUGAGGUGUACAAGGAUCAUUUCAAACCAGGUAUUUAUGUGUGCUCCCAGUGUAACCAUCCGCUGUUCUCCAGUCGGUCCAAAUUCGGCCACUCGUCUCCUUGGCCGGCUUUCACUGACACCAUCAGAGAGGACAGCGUGACCAAGAUGAUGGAGACUCUCACCGCCUUCAAGGUUCUCUGUGGCAAGUGUGGCAACGGGCUGGGCCAUGAGUUUAUAAAUGACGGCCCAGAGGAAGGAGUUUCCCGUUUUUGAAUAUUCAGCCACUCGCUCAAGUUUGUCCCCAAAGGAAAAGACAAGCAGUAAAGAGCGAGGUCUGACUUUUCACUCCAGCUGCUGUGUCUGCUGCUCAGUCCAGAACCGGUGAACAGGUCGGGUCAGCGAGUGACGUGGGCAGGAGAAAUACCUGAGAGGGACUUCCUGUCCACUGAAGAGUCUUUGACCAGUCUGUGACACAGUGACAGGACCAACACCUCUGUAAAUGUUCCUUUACAAAACAAACGUUACAUUUUUUUCAAUACCUCAUCUGAAUUAUUAUGUCGCUCUUAAUAAAAUGUGUCAGUAGAUGCAUGUGAUUUUAGUUAGAAGGUUGUUGAGAUAUAGAAAGACACAGCAACUGUUUAGAAAGUUCAUCAGCAGGUGAUUGCCUGUUAUUGCUAUGUUUUGCACGAAUUGAAUUGUUUCAGUUUACAUGAUAUUGCCUGAAACAGUUACUCUCAUUUACUUUCCUUUUAAAUUUAACCAUUCAAUCUAUGCACUUAAGAAAGUCUGCACUUCCUGCCAGGCUGCUCUUUGCUGUCUACUGUCUAUUUCACAAUUAUACAAAAGCAAUCUCUAGUCAGCUAUAUUUUUAUCGCUGUAUGUCAUGUACUGUAAGCAGGUUUACUUGAAGAGACAGACUUUUUGCCUGUGCAAAAAAUGCAAAAUAAUCCAGAUUCAUUCUUUUUGUUUCAUUUGCAUUUUACUUAGUUUAGUAAGAAAAUAGGAUUGUUUGAUUUAUCCUUCGUUGUCGGUGUAUGCAUAUGAAGGAACAAACAAAUAACACAAAUAAAGUAUAGUUUGAUAGAUUUUUGUCUUUUCUGUGACGAUUUCUUUGCAGGUGGAAUGUGAGUACAUUAAUUAAAAGUACUGUACAGUUCAGUUUUGAGGUU